AAUAAACCUACACGUCUUAUUACACACACCCUCUACAGGAAGCAAGCUAGCUUUAAAGAUAAUAUAAUCAAUGUUACACAAAUUUAGUUAACUUGACAUCUGACUUAUGACGAUAAUGAAAACGCGUGAGAUGUUUUAAAAUAUAUAAUAUUAUUAUAUAAAUAAAUAAUAAUAUAUUCAACGAUUUAUUUUGAUAUUGGAAGACGUGCGGUCAACAGUCCGCAAGUCAAAUCGAGGUGAUCAGGUAUAAUGCUUUCGACGGAGUGUCUAAUUUUCUUGUUGUGCGCUGCGUCAGCAUCGAUUUCUCAAACUGACUGGGAUCUCGAAGAUAAAAUUUACGUGGAAGUUUCCUCAGCAAGCUAUGAGGAAGCCAUAGCCACAGCACAAGAGCUGAUCUCGAAUAACAAAAGCACCGUAGUACGGGAUGCAGUGAAAUUAUUAAUGCACAACAAAGUCCGAAAUUCAAUGGAAUUCGCUUACAAACUGUGGCAGUCCGGCAAUUCGGAGAUUGUAAGAAAACAAUUCCCGGUUGCGUUUGAGACAAUUUUAGGCGGAGAUUAUGUGAACUUCAUAGACUAUGAAUACGGGAAAGCUUUAAAGCUCGGCUACAAAACAGAUCGGAAUGCCGAGAGAACAGCUUACGGCGAUAAGUACGAGAGGAUCAGUAACAUAGUUGCGUGGAGGUUAUUGCCUUUUUGGGAAGACGGUAGACUGUUUUUCAAGAUUCUUAAUAAGGAAUACAACGAAUAUUUGAAGCUGGAUACGAUUACAAAUCACGCAGGGGACCACAGGGCGUCUGCUGGCAGUUCGCCUUCGGAUGCCGCGUACCACUGGUACCUUCACCCAGUUGAUUUUUUGGACCAGACCUUGUUUUUUGUCUAUAACAGGCAAUACAGACAGGCCCUGAAGCUGAGUCGUCAGACCGGUCUGGACGGAGGUUACAAUGUUUUCGGACACAAUGGCGACGCCAUUAACGACCUCGAUAUCCACGCUUGGUCCGUUUCGUCGUUGUGAAUAAAAAUUUGGUUGUAAAA